AUGUCCAACAGCAGCUCCAUCACCGAGUUCCUCCUCCUGGCAUUUGCAGACACACGGGAGCUGCAGCUCCUGCACUUCGUGCUCUUCCUGGGCAUCUACCUGGCUGCCCUCCUGGGCAAUGGCCUCAUCCUCACAGCCAUAGCCUGUGACCACCGCCUCCACAUCCCCAUGUACUUCUUCCUCCUCAACCUUGCCCUCCUUGACCUGGGCUGCAUCUCCACCACUCUCCCCAAAGCCAUGGCCAAUUCCCUCUGGAACACUAGGGCCAUUUCCUAUGCAGGAUGUGCUGCACAAGUCUUUCUGUUUGUCUUUUUGAUGUCAGCAGAGUAUUCUCUUCUCACCAUCAUGGCCUAUGACCGCUACGUUGCCAUCUGCAAGCCCCUGCACUACAGGAUCCUCCUGGGCAGCAGAGCUUGUGCCCAGAUGGCAGCAGCUGCCUGGGGCAGUGGUUUUCUCAAUGCUGUGCUGCACAUUUUUAACACCUUUUCACUACCACUCUGCCAAGGCAAUGCUGUGAACCAAUUCUUCUGUGAAAUCCCCCAGAUCCUCAAGCUCUCCUGUUCACAGUCCUUCCUCAGUGAAGUUUGGGUUCUUGUGGGUAAUGUUUUCAUCGACUUUGGGUGUUUUGUAUUCAUUGUGCUCUCCUAUGUUCAGAUCAUCAGGGCUGUGCUGAGGAUGCCCUCUGAGCAGGGGCGGCACAAAGCCUUUUCCAUGUGCCUCCCUCACCUGGCUGUGGUCUCUCUCUUUAUCAGCACUGUCAUGUUUACCUACCUGAAGCCCCUCUCCAACUCCUCCCCAUCCCUGGACCUGGUGGUUGCAGUUCUGUACUCAGUCAUGCCCCCAGCAGUGAACCCCUUUAUCUACAGCAUGAGAAACCAGGAGCUGAAAGUUGCACUGAACAAAGUGAUUGCAUUUACAUUUUUCACUGCUGGCAAACUUAUCACAUGUCUCCACAAAUGACUCACAGUAUAUUCAUGACAGUCUUGUUAUUAUUAUUAUCAUUGUUAUUAUUAUUGUAUUAUUAUUGCUGUUGUUGUUUUUGUUGUUGUUAAGUACCAUUGUG